CAUGAACCUGGUAGCAGCUAAUUGAACCCUGGUCUGUGAAGCUUUUAUUCCUAUACUCUGUUUAAAAGGCAAUUCUACUCCAAGUAUGUAGUUGUGAUGAGAAGCAUAAAUGACUAAUCACGGAUGACUUAACUAAAUGAACAACCCCGGAUGAUCACAUGCCCCAAGAAUCUCCAAUCAUUCAUCUUCAAUUCUUCAGUCCUUCAUCUUCAGCUCCGUUUCCAAUGCGAUUCGUCGACGCAGGGGGGAUUGAGAAAGAUCUCGUCUAUUUAUAUCAAUUGUUUGCAUUUUGAGGGAGGUCACAUCCAAUAUCCAUCGAUCAGAGCUGCAUGGAAUCUCCAUCCUGCGGCCCCAUUCAAUUCAGGGGUUCCAACCCCUCAGGGUUAACCCGUCCAGUCCAGCACUAAGAAAAAGCCGGUCGGCUUCUCCUUAAGCCGGACUGGCGCAAGGACCGUGGCCUUCAAGCAUAUUCUUAACCCAUCUAAUCUCGGUUUGAUGACGAUCUCCGCCUGCAGGUCGUUUUUUAAACUUGGCCCACUCAUCCUGCGGUGGUUGUGAUGGCCACAAGUUCCAGAUUUACUUUCUUCCUCUGGCAUGCUGUGGUGUCUGACCGUCUGAGUCUGAGUCUUGGAGAUGUCAAACCAGCCCCGAGGCCACACUUCCCUCAGCCCCAUGGGAGAUUACUGGAAAAGGGAGGUUAAUCUUACUACCAGAAAUUAGUGAUUAUUAUUGAAUUCGGCCUCAUCAACGGUCGAUCCCCACGGCUCAGAUCCCUGCCUUUUCGGGGACAGUCAAGAAAAAAAAAAGAAAAAAAACGAAAAAAGAACCGGACCGUGGUUCACUCAGGGACAGAGAAGAAAGUCACUGCCCAAUGGAUGAUGCCCUUCUGGUUUGUUUUCCUUCGUUAUUCUUCCUGUCAUUCUGAUUCUGACUUCUGACUGUUGUUGCAACUUCUUGUUCUACAUCUUAUUAUAAUUGCUUUUUUAAUCCCUAAUUCCUUAGCUCUUAAUCUUUGUGCCCUCUUUCGAUCGCUUCUUUUCUUAUUCUGUCGCUCUCUAAUUUCUUUUCUUUCUUUCUCUUGUUAUUAAUUUACUCUUGGCAAUUUUCUUAUCAAUUGUUUUAAUUGAGUGUGGUUGUUUGGCAUUUUUUGGCUUUGCGACUGCAUCUACAUCCCACCUACAGCUAAUAGACUUAUCCCUUCUUUACCUUCAUUUGGCUUUGCAGAUCCAAACACCCUCUCCGAACGAAAAAGCAGACUGUCUCUCCCUUCGUCCCCCAUGGCCUUGUUUUGAGUGGGAUCAUCGCGUCGUCGUUCGAAAUCUGGGUCUUGUCGUUGGCCCAUCACGCCCCUCUCGUGUGAUCUCUCACCUCCCACAAACAUCAUGGCCUAUGGUACAACCUCUGCGGAGGAUGCGAGACAUCCCCCGCCAAUCCCCCCUUCGCCGACGUUAUCGAACCCGGACAUGAUCCUGCCAUUCGACGGGAGCGAACGCGAGUCCUCCACUCCAUCCCCUCCAUUCAACCUGCCGUCCUUGUCCCACCUGCAAUCCUUCUACGGACCUCGAACCUCGUCCUCCGAUUUCAGCGGCGAUUCCACCAGGAAUGGUACCUAUGCGCCCGUCUACCGACCGCAAAAAAUAGGUUUUCCGCGCCACACGUGGCUGCACGAGGGUCACGAGGCCAGUCGCCGUUUAUCGGAUAUCGGAGAGGAGGAGACGCCGUCGCCGGCAUCAUACAUGGGCGGGUUUUCGAAGAAUGCGCACGUCGUGGCGCGUAAUGGGCUGGCAAGCUCUCCCGUGCCAUAUCGCGUCGCGGAGGACACCGAAAAUAAGGAUGCCGGUGCGUGGAGUAGCUCGUCUAGCUCGACAAUUAGUGCCACUAGCGAAACCUCUUCGGAAGGGACCAAGGGGCGUGCACAAGGCCAGAGUGUCUUGCCUCAGGAGGUUGACAGCAUGAAUAACAAUCAAUUGAGGCAGGCCAUUCGGGCCAUUGAGACUGGCACCAACGGUGACCCGUCACGACUGAGCAUUGUGUCGACCACGGAGGAAGGGAGCCCGGCCGAUGAGCUAUCGUCGGUGAUAUUAAGUAGCGAGGCGGAAAGGAUUCUCGAGAAUGCAAAGAAGCGACUGACGGUAUGUUGGAAAGUACAAAUGGAAACUUCAUUUAUGACUAAUUGGCGUCCACUGCAGCUCAUGGAAGGUAAUCUUACAAAGGCCCGUUCGUCAGUGCGCGUAUCCCCGUCACUACCGACGUCGCCAACGCCAUCCGGCAAUCAGCCACUCGGACUCGGUCAACCCGUCGGCGGCCUGUACCAAUCGAUCUCCCGGGCUGAUCGUAGGGCGUCCACGUUACGCCCUCGUGCAACGUACUCGUCCUCUCAGGAUUCGUCGAACAACCGCCAUUCGCGCGUGUACAGCGAGACCACCCUGCCGUCCACGUCUUUGUCAAGUCUACAACCCGCCUCGCCCAAUCUGUCCCGGUCCAUGAGUGCUUUGGGAUCGAGCACCGCCUCCAAUUUCAACAAUGAUGACCGCUCGUUCCAAUAUGCCCCGGACAGAGCCUAUCUCACCCAUCGCGCAUCUAUCAAUUCCCUCCAGCCAAUUUCGCAAGAACAGAAGCCCUCUGAUACACCUCAAGGCUUGGGAAUCUCGACAACGGAAGAAGAGGAUCAGCUCUCGACUGUAGACGAGUUCGACUCGAGCUACCAAACAUAUGAUCCUCCAUCUCGCUCCCAGUCGCAGCUUCAGGUCCGAGAUCUCCAAGAUCAGAUGAAGGGGUUGCACAUCAAGAUAUCUAGUUUGAAAGUUAAGGCACAGGAGGAUAAUCUACGGCGACGGAGCUUGCAGAGCUUGCGAACCCCAAGUCCGUUCACCGCGGCGGAACAUUGGUAUAACAAUCCCCUGGAAACGAGGGAUCAUCACAGCAACUUGAACCAGGGGCGUGGACAUACCCCGGAGUACCCUCGGGAGCGGCGAUCCAACGAAUCCAACCGAGAACGCUAUUCCGCUCGCAACGGACAGGAGACGGCCGGUGUCAACGGCACUGCACGGUACGCCACGCCCGCUUCGCGAGCCCACCAGCCAGCGGAGGACGACGACAACCAAUCAGUUAUCGAAAGCCUCUAUGAGGAUGCUCAAGAAGGCGAAUACGACACGGACGGUUCGUCAGGCUCGGAGAUCGACCGGGAGGCUUUAAAUGAAAUUCUGCGCGAGCCGUUGGACGACGACCUCCAAGAUCCCCUCGGAUCCUUCCCUCCGGUGCCUGCGACCCAGGAUUCUCGGCCUCACGAGGAACGCGAAGAUGCCUUCGACUACGAGAAUUUCAUUCUGCACAGUGCUUUGGGCAACUAUACGCAGAGCCGAAUGCGCCGGAAAAGUGAAGCUUCGACUUCAUCUGUCGAAACCACGCGACCUGCUCAAGAUCGCCAACCUGUCCGUCACUCUCGGACCAAUAGCAACGCGUCGGUCUCUACCAUGGCAACUUAUGCUACUGCCACGGAAGGAGAUCCGGAUGAUUUUGAAAACGUGCUCUACUGGGAUAGGAGGUUCAAUGCUGAAUUGCUUUCCCAUCCGCGAUACGCCGAAGAGGACGAGGACGAUACUGGCGAUGAAUCUGAUAAUAUGGGAACCCCGCGCGCCAACCGCCAACGCAAUAGCAACGAGGACUGGCAGUCGGAUUCGCUCACGACGCCCCAGCGGUCUAGUUCGACAACGACGGGGUCCGCCACCCCAACGGCCCUGGCAUCGACUCUCGUGUCGACAGUGCGGGCAGCCGCUAGCCCUCACCCCAACUCCGAGAACAGCAAUAUGGGCCUUAACAAUGACGAUACGCGCCUGCUGGAACAGCUGUUCAAAAGUCUGGGCGAUGUCUGCAUGGACCUCCAGACCAUCACGACCUCCGCCGACCCAGAUCCCAAACACGUGCGGUUGCUGCGGUGGCGAUUGGAUGCGGCUCGACGGGUGCUGGACGGGGAGCUUGAUACUUAGUAAUUUUUAAUUCUUGAUUGAUUUGUUCACCGUGCGAGCUGUUGACGAAGGACGAUUGAUAUUUGAUACCCUGAUGUUUGAUUUCUCGUCUUUUGUUCUAUCUGAGAGUAUAUAUACCGAUGUGCAUAGCAUCAGAUGGGAUGCUGCUACUACAUUUUUUGAGUAAUGUUUAGAAUGAACCCGCUAGAGAGAAAAUAUUCGGAGAAGCUCUUCGCAUUGUUGACCAUCUCUGAUAGACAAGUAAAGAAGCGAAGAAGCAAACCGCGAAGUGGGGAGCUGACUAAGCGCCCUGCCGAUCCCAAAGAGGCAAGUCGCGCUGCUCGUGGGAAAAAGAAAUCCACCACUUUCUCUGCG